AUCUGGCAACAUUCUCAUGUACAAUGUGACAGGGACCCUUUGGUAAUAAUAAAUCUCACUAAAAACAAAUCUUUGUUCGUUCUGACAAUGCUUUUCUUAUUCAUUCACUUUCAUUUUCUAAUUUUCUUCCUUCACUGAUCACAAUCACUGCAUGUGCUACUCCUUACUGGUUCUGCCUUAUAACACUGCACUGCAAAAUCUCUGAAAACUGCGCAAAGUCUCUAACUUUGUUAACCAACCAACGAAUAAGCAUUUUCUUCAGUGGCAGAGCAAUGUUAGAGCCCAGGUUGGGUGGUGCUGUUUUUCUGUUGAUGUUGGCAUGGAACUGUGUUCCAAUGGCGGAAUCAGCAAUAGGAGUCAACUGGGGCACCGUUUCUUUCCGCAAGUUGAAACCUUCCACUGUGGUUGAUCUGUUGAGAGAUAACAAGAUUCCAAAAGUGAAGCUGUUUGAGACAGAGCAUGGUGUUCUGAAGGCCCUCAUGGGGAGUGGGAUUCAAGUCAUGCUUGGGAUUCCCAAUGAGAUGUUGCCCCUCUUGAGUUCUUCCUCUUCUGCUUCUGAUUCCUGGGUUCGCCAGAAUGUUUCUGCUUACAUGGGUAAAGGCGGUGCUGAUAUCAGGUAUGUUGCUGUUGGAAAUGAGCCAUUUCUCAAGAGUUAUAAUGGUCAAUUUGAGAACUUAGUCAUGCCUGCUAUACAAAUUCUGCAGCAGUCUCUAGUGAAAGCAAAUCUUGCUGGUUCCAUUAAACUUGUUGUCCCGUGCAAUGCAGACGCCUACGAGGCCACAGUUCCUUCACAAGGCGCAUUCCGUCCGGAACUGACUGAAAUCAUGACUCAGAUAGUUCAGUUCCUCAACUCAAAUGGUGCCCCAUUCAUGGUCAAUAUCUACCCUUUCCUCAGCCUGUAUGGUGAUGGAGACUUCCCACAAGACUACGCACUCUUUGAGGGAACUACUCAUCCUGUCACAGAUGGUUCCAAUGUUUAUACCAAUGCAUUUGAUGGAAACUAUGACACCUUAGUUGCAGCCCUCAGUAAACUUGGUUAUGGCCAGAUGCCUAUAGUUAUUGGGGAAAUUGGUUGGCCCUCAGAUGGAGCCAUUGGUGCAAAUAUCACUGCAGCAAAGGUUUUCAAUCAAGGUCUCAUCAACCAUGUUCUUAACAACAAAGGGACCCCCUUGAGGCCAGGUUCUUCUCCUUUGGAUAUCUAUCUCUUCAGUUUGCUUGAUGAAGGAGCAAAGAGCACACUUCCAGGAGGCUUCGAAAGACACUGGGGGAUAUUCUACUUUGAUGGGAAAGCUAAGUAUCCAUUAAACCUUGGCCUUGGAAACAAGGAGCUGAAGAAUGCAAAGAAUGUUGAGUAUCUUCCAUCUAGAUGGUGUGUGGCGAGCCCUUCCAGUGAUUUGAAUAAUGUAGCAAACCAUAUAAGAAUUGCAUGUAGUGUUGCGGAUUGCACGACCCUUGACUAUGGUGGUUCAUGUAAUGAAAUUGGGGUGCAGGGUAAUGUCUCAUAUGCUUUUAACAGUUACUAUCAACUACAAAUGCAAGAUUCUAGAAGCUGCAAUUUUGAUGGACUUGGUGUGGUUACUUCUCGAGACCCUUCAGUUGGUAAUUGUCGUUUUGUUGUGGGAGUUACAGAUAAAGGCUCGGGUUCAUCUGGUUCUCAAAUAGUAUAUCAUUGGUGGGUGCUAGCAGCAUUUUUAGUUAUACAGACGAUCUUUUCACACUCAAUGUGACUCAGGUUUCAUAAGUAGAAUGGCUGAAGUAGAUGUAGCAAGAAAGUGAAGGUAAAGAAUACGUGGUGAUAUAUGUGAUAAUAUAUUAGAAGAUAUUCAGAAAAACGUUAACCCAGCAUAUGAUUUAGUCUAUGUAUCAUAAUAGAAGGGGAUCAUAUGAAAUUAUUGCAUGAUUUAUCAUUUAUGUUUGUUCUGUUGACCUAUGUUGAAUUAUAAAAUCAUAG